CCUGCCCCGCCCCCUCGGUGGCCGUCGCCCAGCUCCACUCGGGUCUAUGGAGGAGAAACUUGGCGCUGGAGCCUCAUUUUUCAUGGCCGCAGCCGCUUGCGGCGCCAAGGCCAUGUUCCUUUUCAAGCGGACCUUUGUGCUGAGCCCCGCCGUGGCGCCCCGGGGCACAGGCACUCCCCGGCGCUGCUGCCCCUUGCCUUUGGCCACCUGGCUCUCCAAAGACUGGCCGCGGGGAGAGGGUGUCUGCGUUCGGCUACUGAGCCCUGCGGCUGCCUGCCGCCUGCUCCAGUCCCACUCCUACUUCUCGACGUCUGCUACCUCCGUGUGUGUUCUCUGCCCGCAGGACUCGCUCAGCAGCAGCUUGAAAACUUGCUACAAGUAUCUGCAGCAGACCAGUCGCAGUUUUGCAUCUGUUAUCCAGGAGCUGGAUGAAGAAAUGCGCCAUGCAGUAUGUAUAUUUUACCUGGUUCUCCGUGCUCUGGAUACUCUGGAAGAUGACAUGACCAUCAGUGUAGAAAAAAAGAUCCCACUGUUACAGAACUUCCACUCUCACCUUUAUGAACCUGACUGGCGGUUCAUGGAGAGCAAGGAGAGGGACCGGCAAGUGCUAGAGGACUUCCCAACGAUCUCCCUUGAGUUUCGAAAUCUGCCUGUGAGAUAUCAAACAGUGAUUGUUGACAUUUGCCAGAGAAUGGGAUCUGGGAUGGCAGAGUAUGUGGUUAAGCAGGUGACAUCGGUACAGGAGUUGGAAGAGUACUGUCACCACGUUGCCGGGCUGGUGGGAAUUGGCGUUUCUCAACUGUUCGUGGCCUCAGAGCUAGAAGACCCUUUAGUCAGUGAAGACCAAAAGUGUGCCAACUCUUUGGGCCUGUUUCUGCAGAAAACAAACAUCAUUCGUGAUUAUCUGCAAGAUCUGAAAGAAGGAAGAGAGUUUUGGCCUCAAGAGGUUUGGAGCAAGUAUGUUAAGACGCUGGGCGAUUUUGCAAAGCCAGAGAAUAUUGACUCGGCCGUGCAGUGUCUGAAUGAACUCGUAACCAAUGCACUACACCACAUUCCAGAUGUCAUCACCUACCUUUCCAGACUUAGAAACCAAAGUGUGUUUAACUUUUGUGCCAUUCCUCAGGUAAUGGCCAUAGCUACUUUGGCUGCCUGUUACAAUAAUCAGCAGGUGUUCAAAGGGACAGUGAAGAUUCGAAAAGGGCAAGCAGCAACCUUAAUGAUGGAUGCCACCAACAUGCCAGCUGUCAAAGCUUUAUUAUACCAGUAUAUGGAAGAGAUCUACCACAGGAUCCCCGACUCAGACUCAUCUUCUACUAAAACCAGGGAGAUCAUCUCCAGGAUCAGGACACAGAAUCUUCCCAGCUGUCAGCUGAUCUCCCGAAGCCACUACUCCCCCAUUUACCUGUCGUUCGUCAUGCUCCUGGCUGCUCUGAGCUGGCAGUACGUGAGCACCCUGUCCCAGGUUACUGAAGACUAUCUCCAGACCGGGGAACACUGAUUUGUUCCCCCAUGAAAUUUUUGUUCCCCCAUGAAAUGGACUGACAUUUUUCAAGGAUGAAUAUUGGCUUCCCCUCUUUUCUCCCCUCCUGUUUUAAUCCUGUAAGAAAUCUGUGGGCUUGGAUUUUGAGAAACUUUUAGACAGCUGAGAAUGUAAGAAUAAAAGAAGGUAUGUCCUCUCG